AUGGGAGCCGUUGACGAGUUCAACAGCUUGGCUUUCGAACGUCUCGAGCUCGCCGCCACCUACACCGAUCUCUCCCUGCAAUUGGAGAAGCUGCUCGAGGAGGUCAGGAGUGAGACUUCGAGAGCUAGAUCCAUCAAUGGCCUUACGUUGACGGCCGCCGCCGGACUUGGCGCCACCGAUCUCGAGCCGUACACAAGGGUAAACGUCAGUGGAGACGACUUCUGGCUUCAGGACCUCGAAGCGUCGGAGGAGGGCGACAGCAAGGUACGAAAGCGGACAUCGACGAAGGGCAAUUCGGAUGAGGAGCCCAAGGAGAAGGCCGACGAGAAGAAGCAGGGAUUGCCGCAGGGCGCCUUCCGCCCGUUCGGCAUCUUGGAGCCGAAUUCGGCAAAGAUGUUCGUCACCGAUGAUCUGCCAUCGUCGGACUCGGAGAGCGAGUUCGGUGGCAAUACGAGGAGCAAGAGGACAAAUCUCGGCUCUAUCUUCGCUUCAACGUCAAAGCAACAGCAACAGCAGCCGGUGGAAGCCUCUCAGAAAACAGAAGCGACCCAAGCGCAGGUCAAGACGCUGCUCUCCGCCUCCAUCACCUCGUUUCUGAAGACGGAGCCCAGCGAAGAAUGGGUCCCAUACGGAAAACUAGGGCUCGCCUUGUUGAUGCAGCAGAAUGCCUUGCGCAUCGUCCUCUACACGCCCGACAAGCGGCCCGUCCAUCAGAUUGUGCUGCAGCGGGGCGAAGAGUUUCGCCACCAACUCUCCUUCAACGGGCUGUACAUCUACUUCCAUCGGCUCAACGAGAGGCGCUGCUCACCUUUGCGGCUUGGG